AUGACCUCCUCCAAUAAUCCCACCACCACCCUGACAACUGCCCUCCCCGCCCACCUCACCACCUACCUCGCCCGCCUCGAUGACUUCAUCGCCCGCACCAUCACGCCCCUCCAGGCCCGCGACGACAACAACCGCUUCUUCGACCACCGCCGCGAGCACGCCCGCACCGACUGGGACGGCCAUGGCCUGCCGCGCCCGGAAUGGGAGGCCCUGCUCGCCACCGCCGCCCGCCUCGCCGACGAAGCCGGUUUCUGGCGCCUCGCCCUCCCCAAGCAGUACGGCGGCGCCGACGCCGGCAACCUGUGCAUGGCCGUCGUGCGCGAGCACCUGGCGUCCAAGGGGCUGGGCCUGUUCAACGACCUGCAGAACGAGCACAGCGUCGUCGGCAACUUCCCGGACGUCCUCAUGGUGCAUCGCUUCGGGUCCGACGCCCAGAAGGAGGAGCUGAUCGAGGCGAGGCUGCGCGGCGACGUGCGCGUCACCUUUGGCCUGACCGAGCCCGGCCACGGCAGCGACGCGACGUGGAUGGAGACGCGCGCCGUGAGGGAGCGCCGCAGCGGGAAGGAGGGCUGGCGCAUCGACGGCCGCAAGAUGUGGCAGACGGGCAUGCAUCGCGCCACUCACUGCUUCCUUUUUGCCCGCACGAGCGGCCGCGACGGCGACGCAAAGGGCAUCACCUGCUUCGUCGUGCCGAGGGAGACGGAGGGCAUCAAGGUCGAGAGCUACGAGUGGACCCUCAACAUGCCCACCGACCACGCCACCGUCUCCUUCACCAACGUCUGGGUCCCGCAAUCCGCCGUCCUCGGCCCCGACCACGCCGGCCUCUCCGUCGCCCAAGCCUUCGUGCACGAGAACCGCAUCCGACAAGCCGCCUCCUCCCUCGGCGCCGCCACCUACUGCAUCGCCCAGUCCGUCGCCCACGCCAACGCGCGCCGCCCCUUCGGCAAGCCGCUGUCGUCCAACCAGGCCGUGCAGUUCCCGCUCGUCGAGCUGGCCACCCAGGCCGAGAUGCUGCGCCUGCUCGUGCGCGCCACCGCCGCCGAGAUGGACGAGGCCGCCGAUCGGCCGGCUUCGGACGACGACGACGACGACGACUACGUCGAGUCGAAGCUGAGCCACAAGGUCGCCAUGUGCAACUACUUCGCCAACCGCCUGUGCACCGACGCCGCCGACCGCGCCAUCCAGAUCCACGGCGGCAUGGGCUACAGCCGCCAUCUGCCCUUUGAGCACAUCUGGCGCCAUCACCGCCGCUACAGGAUCACCGAGGGCAGCGAGGAGAUCCAGAUGAGGAAGGUGGCUAUGCACCUCUUUGGCCUUGGGAGCAGCGGGAAGAAGGAGAUCAAGUUGUGA